AUGUCGUCCUUCUUUACGGCCCCUGGGGCUGCAAACAAGCGCAAGAGGCAGGCUUCAGCAGCAGACGGUCCGAAAAAGAGACUGGCAACGUCCUCCAACUCGAUUCCCGUGCACAAGUCGGCCGGCAAGGCGACGAGGAGGCCAGGCAACCCCGCGCCAAAGAAACAGAUAGUCGAGCGUGACUCUUCGAUAUCAGGCAGCGACUCGGAGGACGACGACCUUCCGGACGACGAAGACGAGUUCAAUGGGAUCGACGAUGACGACUCGGCGUCAGAGGCAGAGGGGGAGACCGCGGCAGAGCGGCGGUUAAAACUGGCGGAGCGCUAUCUCGACAACGUUAAAGGCGAAGUCCAGGACGAGUACGGAUUCGACGCCGAAGAAAUUGACCGCGACCUCAUCGCCGAGCGAAUGCAAGAAGAUGUCGCCGAGACAAAGGGCAAAGUCUACAGGCAACUUGCCGGCGAGCUGCUGUUUGAGCAGGCAUCACAUACGAUUUUCAGGUGGAACUCGCAAAACGUGAACUCGAUAGCGACCUGUGCCCCCUACGCCUACACGGUCUCCAAGGACAUGUUCCUGGUCAAGUGGAAGCUCCAGGACCUGCCCCAGCACCAGUGGCCGCAGACGACGAAGAAGAAGCCCAAGAAACCACCCGCACCACCCAAGAAGAAACCACAGCGGGUGGCAUCGAGCCGGGGCGAUUCCAGAAAAUCAAAAGACAAGAACUACCAAGGCCACACCGGCCCAAUACUCAAGGUGGCAGCAUCACAGGACGGCAAAUACGUGGUAACAGCAGGCGCGGACAGGAGGAUGGUGGUCCACGACGCCGAGACGCUGAAGCCCCUGAGGGCGUUCACCCAGCACCGCGACGCCGUCACGGGGCUGGCCUUCCGCAGGGGCACGAACCAGCUGUACUCGAGCUCCAAGGACCGGACCGUCAAGGUGUGGUCGCUCGACGAGAUGGCCUACGUGGAGACGCUGUUCGGCCACCAGGACCACGUCGUGGACAUCGACGCGCUCGCCCAGGAGCGCUGCGUCAGCGCGGGCGCGCGGGACAGGACCGCGCGGCUGUGGAAGGUCGUCGAGGAGACACAGCUGGUCUUCCGCGGCGGCGGCUCCGGCGUCUCGGACAAGAAGAAGGAAGCAGCAACAGCGCCCACCGCCGCCGGCGGCAGCAUCGACCCCCUCUCCAUGGCCCACGAGGGGAGCAUGGACCGGAUCGCCAUGAUCGACGACGAGAUGUUCGUCACGGGCAGCGACAACGGCUCCAUAGCCCUGUGGAGCCUGCAGAAGAAGAAGCCCGUCUUCGUCCUGCCCCACGCCCACGGCAUCGAGCCGGCCCUGCCGCCCGAGCGGUCGUCGGGCGAGGUCGACCCGGACCCGUCGGUGGUGCCCCCUCCCCAGCCGCGGUGGAUCACGGCCCUGAGGACGAUCCCGUACUCGGACGUCAUCCUCUCGGGCAGCUGGGACGGCUACGUCCGCGUGUGGAGGCUGAGCGAGGACAAGCGGCGGCUCGAGCGCGUGGGCGUCCUCGGCGCCACGUCCGACGCGGACGGCAACGUCCUGGCGCACAACCCGCAGCCCCAGUUCCCGCCCGGGCAGGCGCUGACAAACGGCGAAAAUGCGGGGGAGGAGCCCGAGGCGGACGGCAGCCGGGAGGUCGUCGCGCGGAAAACAGAAGAAGAAGGAGGGGAGGAAAAAGAAAAGCCGGCCUCGCCCGGCCCGGACUCGGCCCUGGGCCUCGUCAAGGGCGUCAUCAACGACAUCUCCACGUUCGAGCGCGGCGACCGCGGCAGGGACGGGCUGUGCGUCGUCAUCGCGCUGGGCAAGGAGCACCGCCUCGGGCGGUGGAAGAAGCUGCAGGGCGGGCGGAACGGCGCCAUGGUGUUUGAGGUGCCGAGGGUGCGCAAGGAGGUGGUCCCCCGGGCCAACGGUGAUGAUCACGAGUCCGAGGCGGAGGGGGAGGAGGACUAG